AUGGAACGGCAGCGCUCGGACAGUCCCAGAGAGUCCUGGAACAACGGUUACUCCAGCUCCAGUCCAGCUCCAGGAUCCGAUACGGGCCAGUACUACCCCCAAGUGCAGUACUACCAGGACCAGGACCAGCACCAGCACCAGGACCAGGAACUGGGCCAUGGAGAGAUUGAAGUCAAUGAGGCCACGCUCAAAGGAAACACUCCACUGUUGGUGAGAAGCAGCAGUGACUCCGUCCUGGCUCCAUCCAUCUUCAUCCGAGCCACACCGCCUCCAGACGACCGCAGCCAGGGCACUCCGGAACCAGAGGUGAAUAAUGUGUUGAAGGGAGCGCUUGAGAGGCUGAGAGUGGAGGAGCAACAGUCCAGGAUGAGCCCGCUGCAACAGAAACCUCUGACUAAGACGGUGGAGUUCGCUGGAAACCAAGGUCCUUUGGGGAUCCAUGUCGUCCCCUACUCCUCCUCCCUCAGCGGACGGACUCUGGGUCUCCACAUUCGAGGCAUUGAGGCGACGAGUCGAUCGAAGAAAGAAAAUCUGUUCAGUGAAGACGAGUGUAUUGUUCAAAUCAACGACACGUCGCUGUUGGACAAAACCUUCGCUCAAUCUCAGGAGGUCUUCCGUCAGGCCAUGUCGGCUCCCACCAUUCGAUGCGAAGUCCUUUCCGCCGCCAACAAACCUCGCUACGAGAAAAGUCUGAUUGGAAACAUCUUCACUGCCGACAACAGCCGCGACUCCUCGACCAAAGCCAGUCCCCUUGUGGUCCGGUCCAGAGCCGGGUCCCAGCCGCUAGACCCCAAUCCCAAUCCCAAACCCAAGAUUGACCUAAGGAGACCAGAGACCAGGACUCCAGAACCUCCAGAGGUCCAGGCUGUGGUUGGGUCUACAGAGAGGCAGUCCCCUGAUCCUCCAGCUGGUGGCGCUGUUCAGUCGCUAGCCCCCAAAGUGCAAAGUAAGAGCCCAGUGGCACCGGUGCUGGCAGGUCUGACCAACAAGAAAGGAGGGAAGAGGAUCAAAAUUGACUUGAAAAAAGGUCCAGAGGGUCUGGGCUUCACCGUCGUGACCCGGGACUCCACGGUCCACGGCCCUGGUCCGAUCCUGGUCAAGAACAUUCUGCAGAGAGGAGCCGCAGUGAGGGACGGACGCCUGCAGCCUGGAGACCGUAUCCUGGAGGUGAAUGGCGUGGACAUGAGCGGCCGCACUCAGGAGGAGCUGGUGGGAAUGCUUCGCUCCACCAAACAGGGAGAGAGCGUGUAUUUGGUGGUGGCUCGACCGGAGGACCUGUUUCUGCCCCGAGAACUGAAGGGAGAGGAGGCGAGCAGUGUGGUGAUGGAGGACGGCAGGGAGCAGCUGAUGUUCGAGAUUCCACUGAACGAGUCCGGAUCAGCUGGACUCGGGGUCAGUCUGAAGGGGAACAAGUCCAGGGAGACCGGAGAGGACUUGGGCAUCUUCAUCAAGUCCAUCAUCCACGGAGGAGCCGCUUACAAGGACGGCAGGUUGUGUGUGAACGACCAGAUGAUCGCAGUCAAUGGUGAAUAUUUAGUGGGACGAUCCAACCAUGCUGCCAUGGAAACGCUGAGGCGGUCCAUGUCUGCAGAGGGGACUGCCAGAGGAACCAUACAGCUGCUGGUACUCCGAGCCGGAAAACAGAUCCCGUCUUCCAACCAUCCCGCAAGCCCCGCCCUCUCCGCUGCUUCCGCGGCCAAUCAAACGCCUCCUGCCUCCUCCUCCAAUCAGAAUUCCCUUGAUUACGACGUUCCACCAGGACCACCCAGACCCAACUAUCUGGAGACCAAUAACUCGAUACCAAACCACUUUCCAGCUCUCCUUGAGUUUGCUAGCCCGCUCAGGGACGUGUCUUGUCUGCCUCCGCUCCUUGUGGCUGAUUCACCGGAGCAGAGGAUAAAUUAA